AUCUUUGUUGCAUCGAUGUUUAUAAGUAGUUGUGCUACACACCAUCAGAAGUGGAGGGAAACCGCAAAGACCGACGACGAUGACGAAGCUUGUACUAGUCUCCUUGGCGCUGCUGCUAUCUCUCCUCGCCGUCUCGUCCACGGCGGAGGAGUUCGAUUUCUUCUACUUUGUUCAACAGUGGCCGGGCUCGUUCUGCGACACGUGGCGGGGUUGCUGCUUCCCGGACACGGGCAAGCCGGCGGCGGACUUCGGUAUCCACGGCCUGUGGCCCAACUACGCCGAGUGCAGGGGCCGCCAUGGCGUCGCCCGCGCGGCGCUCGGCGACGACGCCCUCCUCUCCAUCGUCGGGCGGCGGGGGAGGUGCUGGCCGCAGUACUGCGAUGACGGCAACCCGCUGCAACUGUGGGAGAUCAGGGACCUCGUGGCGUCCCUGGACAAGAGCUGGCCGACGCUGUCGUGCAAGAGCGGGCGCAGCCUCGAGUUCUGGAGCUACGAAUGGAAGAAGCACGGCACGUGCUCGAACCUGGAGCAGCACGAGUUCUUCGAGGCCGCGCUCGCGCUCAAGGCGCGGCACAACCUCACGUCCAUCCUCGCGGACGCCGGGAUCGUGCCAUCGGAGGACGAAUCUUACUUUUUGAGCAGCAUCAGGGACGCGAUCGCCCAAGGCACCGGGUUCAAGGCGAACCUGGAGUGCAACCGCGACGCCGACGGCGAGUCGCAGCUGUACCAGGUGUACCAGUGCGUGGGCCGCGACGGGAAGAAGCUCAUUGACUGCCCGCUGGAGAUGCGGAGCAAGUGCGCCGACCGGGUCAAGCUGCCCGUCUUCUGAUUGUGUUGGUAAAACGCGUGGCCCGGCCGGUCGACGGCACGUUCACCGGCCCGCCGGUGGCACGACGGCGCUCUCGCGUGGUUUGUGUUGUUGUGCCCUAGGACUCUGUGGUUUUCCAGAUUGAUUCCUUGAAUCGAUCAACUUUUUUUUCUUUCGUUUCUGAGAUCGACAUGUACU